AUGCAUCCUUCAAUCGCGGCGGUGGAUCGGCCCCCGGCUUCGUGGAAGCGCCUGCUAGCUGUUCGGGAGUUUGCAGAGUCGCAGAUACGAUGGUGCUUAGGGAAGGGACUCGUCGAUUUUUGGUAUGACGUCUGGUGUGGCGACCUCCCUCUAGCACAGGAGCUAGGUGUGUCUGAUCCUCCCCAUUUCCUAGUGGGGGAGUUUUUUACGUCUCAAGGGUGGAACGUUCCGAGGUUGAGGGAGUGGGUACCAGAAUCCGUGGUUCAACAGAUCGCUACCAUCCAUUUUUCCCCGGAACAGGAUGACGUGAUGGUUUGGGUAUCGUCGCCUAACGGGGAUUUCUCUGUGUCCUCAGCGUGGGAGGCGAUUCGAACUAAACGUAGUAUCUCUCUGGUUGACCGCUAUGUGUGGAGUCCGGUGGUGCCGCUGAAAGUUUCCUUCUUUGCAUGGCGAUUGCUGUGGCGGUGGCUCCUUCUUGAUUGUAUUCUGCAGGGCAAGGGAGUAACGUUAGUCUCUCGGUGUAAUUGCUGCCAGCAGUCGCAGGAGACAGUUUCUCACCUUUUCCUGCAUGGCACGGUGGCAAAAGCAGUAUGGGAGCAUUUUCUCAAGACCUUCGGACUACUUCCGGCUAACUCGAGUAGUGUAGCUUCUAUGUUGACGCACUGGUUUCUCUCUCACUCCAAGGUUUUGGCAGUACAUGUGCGGGUUCUGGUUCCCCUAUUGGUUCUCUGGUUCAUCUGGAAGAGCAGGAACUUGGCAAGGUUUCAAGCAGACACUUUUACUCCAACUCAGGUGAUCUCUCAGAUAGAAGAGUUUUUGGGACAGAUGGGUAGGGCUCGUGCUUUCGCGAGGCCCUCUUUUGCAGGUGAUCGGGAUUGCCCGUGGGCGAUCCUCUGCAACUCCACAAGGCGAGAUAUGGGGGCGAUGCUGGUCUCUUGGGAAAAGCCACCGAUAGGGCGGCUCAAGCUCAACUCGGACGCUAGUGUAAUCAAUGGCAAGGCGGCUGGUGGAGGGGUCUUGCGCGACCACUGGGGGAGGGUGGUCUGGGCGUACUAUAAGGAGUUCGGAGACUUGGAUAUGCUGGCAGCGGAAGCCCGAUCCCUUCUGUUCGGUCUGAAAUUGUGCGCGGAUCGAGGUGUUAGCUGA